AUGGCACUUGCAGUGCGAUCAGUCGUAUCAUCAUUAGAUUCCUCUUCCAAAACUACUGAGUCCAUAUCCGUUCGUAAUAAAGGAUCUGCAAACACGAAAUUUCUUAUUGAUUGGAACAGUCCAACAAUAACAACAACAACCACAUCAGCAAUUUCGACUCAAGCAAAAGCAAAGAACGAAAAUCUGCAAGACGCCUUUCGUCGUUUUCGUGAGCAGCGAAUGGAUGAAAUGCGCCUUCAGAACCGUUUGGAAGCACGGAAAAAGAGAAAAAUUCGACGGUCGAAUCCUCAACGAAUGCGGCGUUUAAGGUUGAAAUUUGUCGAACAAGCAAAGCGUUAUUUAGGAGUACCAUAUGCAAAAAAAUACUUCCAACCAGGAACACCUGAAUAUGAAUCGAAAUUGUUUCUGGAUUGCUGCGGUCUUGUUCGACGUGUCAUGUACGACUUAGCGAAAGACUUUGGUUUCAUGAUCGGCCCAUGGAACCAGUCUUACAUGUUCGAUACAUUACCGAAGACAGUCACGCGUCUAUCCGAUGUCAAACCCGGCGAUUUGGUGUUUAUCUCAGCUACUUAUUACAAUCCGAAGAUGAAAAAACAACGACAUGAUUUAACGCACGUAGAAAUCAUGCUGGGUGAUGGAGAGAAAACGAUCGGUGCACGAUGGAACGAUGGAAAAGUACAAUAUUUUGAUAGUUAUCAAUUUGUUUCGAAAAGUUAUCAUUCUCAAGUUUAUACCAUCAAGUCGCUUGAUCCAUGGCUGAAAGGAAUAUGCAAAAGUUAUUGUGCUGAGCAUCCGUGGCGUUUACGAAAACGCAUCAAAGUGAACAAGAAAUCCAUAUUUUAUUCACGAGAUCAAUCAAAUGAUAAACGCCGUCGCCGAUCUCAUAGUAAACGAACCUCCUGUGGCUCGAUCUCAUCAGUGAAUUCUUCGACCAAGAAAACAGAUAAGCAUCAACGACGGAAGCGACGGAAAACGCGCUCGAGAUCGCAUAAACGGUCUCAUUCCAUCAAGGAUUCACCUGAAACAUUGAUUGUCAAUCCAGAUGAUGCACAACUGCCUCCAUCGUCAACUAUCGACAUUGAAUCGAUCAGUGGAGAUGACGACGAUGAUUCAAUUGAUAUGAUUGGCAAUCAAUUAACAGGUCUCACAUGUCAAGAUGAUCAAGAAUUAUGUGACGAUUCUGAUUCGUUGGAUGAUGCUCUAGACGCCGAGCAAUACGAUGACGAUGAUAUUGAAGCAACGUUUCCUUUUAAAUCGGAUCCGCCGAAUACGAAAACACCCGUCCAAGCAAAUUGUUUACUUUCAACGAGUAAAGAAGAACAGAAAACUUUGACGAUUAUGUUAACAACAGCAACCCCAACGGCAUCACCACCCGUGUUUCAUCGAUCGACAAGCAAACCGGAUUUUGUUUUGAAAAGUAGCUGUGGCGAUUUGCAAAGUCGCUUGAAAGUUCGCAAGGUCCUCGGCGUUGGCGAUAUAACAGGUGCAACAUGCAGUUCAAAGAUUACUCAAAUACUUGGCCAAUCGGAUCAUUUGAUCUUUAAAUUACCUCCAAGACUUGCCACAUGGUUAUUAUUAGUAACAACAUUCUUCAUUUGUUUUACUCUGAUGGGUCUGCUCUGGCCAUCUUAUGCAUGUCUUAUCAUACCCGGAGAUUUACAAUCAAUUGUUCAUUUAGCCACUUCAUAUGCUUUUUUCGCAACAAUACUUGGUUUGACUCUUCGAUCGGGUGAUAAAACAUCGCUUCAACUUGUACUUUUGUCUCUUGCUCUAUUCCACACAUUAUCCGUUUCAACUGCUGUAUAUUUCCUGAAAACUACCGAUGCUAAAUUGAAAUCAACAAUAUCAAUCAUUCUUCAUCUUCUAUGCCUUUCUAUCAAUGUACAUUUUUAUUACUCGCUCAAUCGACCUAGUUCGUCGAUAGCGCGUCACAACAGACUAAAAGCGUAUUUUAAUUCGAUCAUACCAUAUCCAACACAAUUCACAAAUGAUUCCAAUACAGAACAGGAAUCCUCUUAA